GCUCAGGCAUUGACCAUCAGUAUUUGUUAUCUCGAAGCAAGCGGCCACUUUCAGCUGUAGUAGAUAAUCCACAUCGUAUAGAUUCCGUUGGAGUUUCUCGACUGCGGUUAGAAAGCUCUUUUCCAACUGCUAGCCAAAGUAUGUUAUCACAUAGCCGUGGACCUCUUGCUACACCAUCUUUUGCCUAUUAUCGCCAGAUAGGCAGUGGCCAGUCACCAGGUUCAGUUUAUGGAGUCGGAAGCUUUCCGAGUUCUUUUCAGUCUCACGAGCGCGGCCCUUAUGGUGGACAUAGUAGCAUAUAUCGUAGAUAUUGAAGGAGUGAUGUUGGCAAUGCUGCUGAACUGAUGUUUCUAGCAAGAGAUGUUAUACACUGACAAGUUUGAAAUCCUACUUGGGAGUUUUGAAAUGUAAAGCUAACGCAUGAAUGAUCUCGUUAAAUUAUAUGCAAGCUCAUACUAAUGUUUUCUAGUUGAGUAAUGUUGAGGGGGUUUUGACAUUUCAUAUGGCUAAGACCCUCCUUUCCCCCUGCCUUCGGCCCUUCCUGUAGUCUGAAAAUUUAGGCCAAUAGGGUCCGUUUUACAAUUCAUCAAUGUAGUGAAAUUCUGUCAUCUGCCAAAGUUUAUUAAAUGA